AAUAGCCUACCUGCCAUCCUACUCACCCACUUGCUGAUGCGAUCACGACCACGUUCACAGCGUUUCAGCACCGCGGCGCGCAGGACAGCUCCUCCGCCUUUUUGUCCUCCAGGACGAUAAUCUGCGGAGAAAAGUGGAACUCAACGCAAAAAACAACGUUUCUCAUUUCUUUUGUUGGCUGCAUUUUUUUCACUUUAAGGAUCUCGAACUUUAAAGAAGAGAUGGAUAUUGAUCGUCCUGCAAAUGUGUCAUUUUUUGAUUUCGUUGGAGGAGUUCAACUUCUCCAGGGGGAGGACACCAGGACAGCCAUGCCUGUCAUCCUCAUCGGGAUCUGCGUGUCCGGAGCGGUUGGGAAUUUGCUCGUUUUGCUAAUUUUCAUCCGUGACUUUAGAAACGGAAAGGGCUCAGAGGUGAAAGCGCUCCUCGCCUCUCUUGCCUCCACGGACUUGGUGAUCCUGCUGUUGUGCGCCCCCGUGCGCGCCGUCACCUACUACAAGCAGACCUGGACCUUGGGGAGCUUUGUCUGCAGCACUACGGACUGGUUCCAGCACUCUUGUGUGGUUGCAAAAACUUUAAUCCUUGCAGUCACCACCAGAGCCAAACACACUAUUGUUCCCAGAACCGCCACGGGUCCACUUUACAACCCAACGUGGAUUCACGGAGCCCUGGCGUUCAUUUGGAUUUUGUCAAUGAUGUUUCCGAUUCCCCAGAUGCUUUUUGCCUCUACGGUGCAGCAUGGCCGCGACACUAUUUGCGUCUCUGAAAUGCCAGUGUGCGCGUCUGACUUCAUGAGUUUCUUCUACAAGAUUUAUCCAACUGCGACCUAUGUGGUGCCGGUCAUCUUUACAAUUGCCUACUACACAAAAACGCUGCACACUGCGGUGAAUCACGCACCAAGCCCGCAGCAUCAGAGCAAGGUUAUCCUGGUUUUACUGUGUCUGAGUGGCGCCCUCGGGCUCAUGCUGCUGCCAGAGUGGGGGACAUUCACCUGGAUAAGGCUCGGGUAUAACAAACCUCCCGUCGGUUUGAUCAUCUUUGCGCAAGUCCUCCUUUACGCAUGCAGCUCCCUGUCUCCGGUGAUCUUAAUGACCAUGUACGACGACGUGCGCCAAGGACUGAUCACCAUCUGGUUCAUCGGGACCUGCAGAGGCCCAAAGCACCUCCCCAGGAUCAAGUGUCCAAAAACGGAGGGGAACGGAGCAGAACUCGGAGCCAACGCCGUCGCCAACGCGGUGUCACAGGAGAAGGAGAAGACCUUCCCAGAUGUGGAGCACUUUUGGACAGGGCGCAGAAACACACACGUCGAGGAGGAGCAGGAUCCGGUUCCGUGGGAGAGAGAGGAGAAAAUGUUGUAGUGAAUCAGAUGUGUCUUUUUUAGCAGAAGAUUUCAACUUGUUCUCAACUGGUUUCUAGUGUGUUGACCCACAGUGCAGACCCUCGUUGAACGGCUGUAGCGGCCUGUUUGAUGUCGUGAGCUUGAUUAGAUGUAAACUAAACUUGUACACUAUCAUGUUUUGAUGUUACACAUGUUUCUACUAUCUAUUUUGAAUAUUCUUGUCUGCAGUAUUGCUGCACUGUCAAGUAGAGCACCUUUAAUAGCGGAGGUUUGUACAAAUAUGAAGCCAAUAUUUAAAAUAUCCAGGAAACUCGAGCAUCAGAGGAGUUGUUGUGAUCGUGUAAG